AUGUCGAGCCAUGGGUCAGAUGAUGGCGGUGAGCAUCGAUCAGAGCAGACACUCACGCUUGAGAAGGCCUGGGUGCUCAGAGGUGCAAAGUCUCAGCGCUUGUGGCUGCCUGAGAUUCGUGAGGUCCAGGGCUGCAUGUUCAUCAAGCUCAGCAAGUUCGACAGGGCGCUCACAUGGUGGGCCCUUGGAGAAUCAUUGGAUAUGAGGGCUGGUAAGGGCAGGAGUUGCAAUGUCCAGGGGUUUGACACAUGGUUGGACCUCCGGAAGGCUGCCUCUUCGGCUGCUGUCCAUGAAGCCUUGGAACAUGACGAUGUGCCCAAUGAGAAAGAGCAAAAGAGGAAGGGGCGUAUUGUUCGAGAAGGAGACAAAGACCUGCUGUCGCAGCCAUGGGUCAUCACCACCCUCCCUGCGGUGUCCCAUGAUGGCAAGGAGUGCGGGCCGCUUGCCGUCAAGUGCCUCUAUGGCAUCAGCACUCCAGACCUUUGGGUUGAGUUCUCGCAUGACACCAUGAUGUGGUUCAGGGCAAUGGUUCGAUCUGACCGAGAUGCUGAGAAGUGGGGCCGCACACGCUUACGGCCACAGGCCUGGGUGGAAGCCUUGGACAAUGUCAAGGCCAAACGGCCACAGGCCUGGGUGGAAGCCUUGGACAAUGUGAAGGCCAUGGCCGUGACAAAGCAGGCUGAAUCCCAAUAUUUUCACGGUGGCACGGUCACAGCCAACUGCAUCUAUAGCUGUGCUCACAGCCGUUGGCCGCUGCCCCAUUGGCCGCUGCUGCAUCGCGCACUGCUGCUGGAUUGCGCGCUGGCUGCUGGGAGUUGGCGCGCGCUGCAGGGAUUGCGCGCUGUGAUGGCAGACGACGCUCCCAAGGAAGAUGCUGCCUCUGCCCUGGAGUCCGAUGCUGCCAAGGACGCUGCCCUCCGGAGAGCGCUGUGCCAGACGCUGUGGGAGACCGAGGGCUCUGGCCCAUACUAUGAUGGUGGCGCUGGGCCUGAUGACGAGGACAUACAAUGGGUGGAUGUGAAAGAGGAGCAGAAUGAAUGGGAAGAAUGGGAGCCCUGGGCCGAAUGGGAACCUGAGGCUGACCCGUAUGAAGAACAUGGAGGGGAGCACCAACAACAUGGAGGGGAGCACCAACAACAUGGAGGGGAGCACCAACAACAUGGAGGGGAGCACCCAAGCUCAUCCAAAGGUGACCCAUUGCCACCUCCGCCACCGCCACCUCUUCCAGGUGGACCCGAGGUGAACCCAAAGAGUUUGAACUGGGACUACAACAGCAGAGACCGAUAUGAAUGGGGGAACCGGGGUGCAUGGAUCGGGCAGACAGCGGAAGCGCAUCAGAGGGAGCGGGUCCACUGCCGUAAUGGCAUUAGAGGUGGCUGGAACUGUUGCCCAGGCAAUGCUGGCAACCCAGCAAAGAACGGGGUGAGAGUUGUGCGAUCCAUCCACGUGUGCGUCAUGGCUGCAUCUCCUAUUCCCAGUGCUGCCAGUCUCAGUGAUGGUGAGAGUGCAUCUACUGUGGUACUUGGUGAUGACCCCCCAGUUCCUGUGGAUGAUGGUUUGUUCUGGGAUAUCAACAUUUGCCCAUCAGACCCAAUUGGUUGGACGUCUUUCGGGUUGUUGGGGCCCAUGUUCAAUUCCAAGAACGAGUGCAAGUGGCGCAGGCUUAGUGUCACUCAGACGGUGAGGAUGCAACAGAAGGUAGGCUACGUGUUCAUCCAAGGUUUGAGCGGUGGCUUUUUCAAACAUGAUGUUGAAGAUCAGGUUCAAUUUGAGGGGAAUGUCACGGUGUACCGUUUGGUACACAAAGGCACUGGCCACAGCAUCCUGAUUCGAUCCAUGCCCAAGGGUUCGUUCGUGGGAUCAGUGUUCUUGACAUUGGAGCACAAUGACACUUUGUACAUCAAAGUGCACAGCAAUAUCAACCCUGAGAAGAUUUUGUUCUUGCACAAACUCUACCACUGCAAGUCCAUGACUCGUCGUGAUUUGACCUACAUGGUCCCUUGUCGAGAAGCGCAAAGCCGGGGCGUGGCACAAGGUUUCGUUGUGCAUGAGGCGUUCUUCGAUGGACCCGCCUGCAGUGGUGCUCUUGGCAUAGCUCAACCCCGGCUGAGUAGCAUCCAUCAAGUCUCCUCAGACUUAGGUAGGUUUGUGAGCACAAUGAACAACCCGGAUGCUCAGGAGCAACAGGUGGUCACCUGGUGCCAGAGGUUGGGUGGGAUGGUGAUGACUCCGGGCCUGGCUGUCGAGCUUGCGACACAGAUAGCCGCAGGCCCGUGGACCAAUGCACAGCGGGACCGCCUCAACCAGGCGGUCAACAGUGUGUUGGUCCGAAAUGGCCAGAACACCAGAAGGGGGCUCCAGGCUUGUGGGAACUUCAAGGCCUACCUAUCUGCUGGUGACCUCUCGGCUUUGGAGUCAAGCGAGACUUCGUACCUCGCAAAAGUGGACGUGAUCACCAGCAGAAUGCUUCGGAUCGGACUUCAUUGCCCAGCAGAGACGUGCCUUGGCGCAAUUGUGUCCAUGGUGCAUCAUCAAAGCUCUGAUGAUGAACUCAAAACCAUGCUCGAAGAUUACAAAAAGGCUUUGAAGAACAAGAAGAAGGUGGCACCAAAACCUGCAGUGCAUCUCUUGCAGUACCCUGUGGAUCCCCAUGACUUGCCAAAGGAGCUGCUUGCUAGUGGCUGGGAUCAAGCUGAUCCAGCGGCACGUGUCAAUGUGGGACCUGAUGACUUGAGGCCUCUUGGACCUCUUAGGCACCACAACAAAAGGCUUGCCAAGAACAGGGUCCCAGAUCUGGCCAUGGCAUCCGGAUCAGGUGCAGCCGGUGGUGUGCAGGGCAUGCUCAUGAACAUGAUGAUGCAGCAGCAGCAGAUGUUCAUGCAGUGCAUGACAGGACAAGGUCAAGCUGCAGAACUACCAGGUCUCCAUCUUUUCAAGCCCAAAACCUGUGGCCAGAAGAAACAGCUGGCAUUGACUGAUCAGACUCAACCUGCAGUGCCCAAGGCAACUGUUCAACAAGUUGCCACUCCUCAGCAGCGAACUGUGCUGCAGUUGCCUGCUGUGACUUCAGAGCCCAUGAAUGACCGUCCUGUUGUGUCAGCACAAGAGCAGGCACAGAUGGUGGCCGAUGCCACGCAGAACAGACGAAGCUGUACCCAAACGGGUGCAGCAAAUGCAGAUUCCGAACUGGAUGCACCAAGUCCUGCUGGAAUGACCGCAAGUUCUGAGUCCUAUCGCUUCAUCUUCGUGACCAAGACCAGGGUUCAUGCCACGCGUGGACUCGCGCGGCAGGGUCUCAUGGGUGAGCCCGCCGACAAAAAGGAUCCAAGGAGGACGGUGAAACGGGAAAGGUCGCUGGCUCUUCCAAAGGACACACCGUUGGGGCCUCUUUGGGGUGAAGUUGAGUUGUUCAAACUUGUGGUGGAAAAAUUCUACGCCUUCCCAUAUUCCAUGCAGAAUGGAGUGAUGCUGCCACUUGUGGAGACAAGGGUCAUGUGGCAUGGGCGGCUGGCUGUAAUUCUGGGAGAUGAAGUAGCAUUAAAAAAUUGCCUGAGCUUCAAAGGAUUUCUCAUCCCACAUACGGAGAGCAACACAGCUCUCAUGGUGCCUCAUACCGCGGACUCCAUCAGAGAGGCCAUGCACUUGCUGAGAACGCAACACAGCGUCUUGAACAAAUCCAAAUUCGAGGCCUUGGAGAAAAAUUUGGGGCUGCUGUAUCAACCAGAGGGCAAUGAUGAGCUUCAUCAGUUUGUCACAGCCUGCGUGUGGCCAAAAAAGAUUCAGGCAGCAAGUAUGACUGGCUACCGACUCUUCGAGAAACGCACUGCUAAUUCCGGAGAGCUGAAGGCUUCAGCUUCAGAGUUGUUGUCUGUCUACGGUGUUGUGCGGUUGGCAGUGGUCAGCAAGUUUCCCGAUCUGAGCCUUCUGCCGCCACAGCCAUCUUUUGCAGUGCGCAGUUUCUUGGCUGCUUGCCAGGUGUUAGAUUUGCUUAGGAGAAGCAUGUCUGAAGAGAUAUCUUCAUAUGAGCUCAAGUCUGCAGUGCAAACCCACCAGCAGCUGAGACUGGCUGCGCAUGGUGGUGAGAAUUACCAGCCAAAGAUGCACUAUGGUGGGCAUCUCUUUCAACAUGUUGAGAAUCAUCCCAAACUGUUGAGUUGUUUCUGCCACGAAAGGAAACACAAGCAAGUCAAACGAUUUGCCAAUGCCCAAACGAAUCACUCUCAGGGAACCUCCUAUGAAAAAAGCUUAUUGGAGGAGGUGGUUCUUCUUCAGUCCACCGCACUCAAGGCCCGUGGGACCCUCUACACCAUUUGGGCUCCGUGGCUUCCAGUGCAGGGUUCUCCCAACACCUUUAAGGCUUCAACACAGACAGCAGAGCGAGAUCGGACUCUAACCUGGUCAGUGAUGGCCGUGGUGGGCGCUGGAGGGCCUGUGCUUCCUCCAGGGUCAUUUGCAUUGAUCUCACGUCCUCCGGAAUGGGACGAGGUGAUAGUCCUGGCAUAUGCAGAUGGGGGACAGGUUGGAAUUUGCAAGACAACUUCCACCGAUGGAGUGGAUUGGAUUUGGACACUGGUGAAUAUGGUAGGUAUGUUCAUUCGUUUGCCUCUGAUCCAGGCCGAUGGGUCGCGUCAGGCCCCAGCUGGAGUGGUGCAUGGAGAUGUGAACUGGAUCUGCACUCCACCGGCAGGGGCAGCAAUGUGGGUCCCAUCAGUGGCAGAGGUGGCAAACGGAACAGCAGAGGCCAAUCUGAUUUUGCAGCAGUAUCAGGCGGGUGCGACUGGUUGGGUGGUCAAUCAGCCGGGAGUGGCUGGUGCACUGGUCCCUCUUACACCGGUGGGGGGUGGUCCCAUUGGUCCAGGGGGAGGAGGAGGCGCGGCUUUGGCCGGGCCUCAGCCAGGGGCCGCCGGGCUGGGCAUCGUGCCCCCGGGAGACGCUGGUCAGAACCAGGUGGAUCUGAGGCAAUUGGAAUCAGCUGUGCAGCAGUUGCAGGCCAUGGCCCUCAGUCCAUCCAACAGUCAGCGGUCCAAGAAGAAGAAGAAGAAGACAAAGUCCGACAAGAAGGACAAGAGGCACAAGAAGAGCAAGAAAAAGAAGAAGGGAUCGGGGAGCUCAAGCUCAUCGGACAGCAGCAGCAACCGGUCGAGAUCCCGUUCCUCUUCCAGCAGCAGUUCCAACGGGAAGAAGAAGCCUCUGCGGUGGAAGGCCGAUGGCACAGACAAGAAGGUCACCUACUCGGAUCUUUCCCAUGUGGACGGCCUGAAGUUCAAGAAGCGUGGAGAUCUGGUGGCAUUUGCGGCCCGUCAUCCAGGUGCCUUGACGGCUCACUUCCUAGCAUCAGUGUACCAGAGGUUGUCCAAAGGUCAGCUGACCCGUUCUUCUCAACUGAGGGAUGUGUCGGUGACGGCUUGGGCUCAUCAGUUCUCAGGUCUGACCGAGGUGCGGGACGUGAAGGAGGUGUUGACACUGGCAGAGAUCUUAGAUGCAGUGAACAGGAAGGAAAUCUCACAGGCACUGGAUGUGCUGUGCCAGCGGAUUUUGGCCAUUCAGUCAGCCAAACAAAAGGGGGGCUCGUGGGAACGGGCCGAAGCCAUCGAGUUGGUGGACAACAGGCGAACCUUGGCGAGCUCCAGCAUGCUCGCCCUCACCAACAACUAG